ACAACAACCACUUCAACAUACCCAGCAAAAGUGAAUCAAUUUACUUUGGUCACAAAAGGGAUACUAACAACAUGUUAACAACAACAAAGACAACAACAGCAUCAGUAGCAGCAACAAGAAAAGCCACAGCUAUGAUGACAACAAGAAACAUGAAUAGUGGUAGUAGUAGUAGUAGCAACAGUAGCAGUACCAGCACGAGUACUUCUGUAUCAAGAGGCAUUGCAACCGAUACAGAUACAGCAACAACAACCAUCAAAACAACAACAACAACAACGACCACAAUUACCUCAGAUCCGGGCAUUUUAUGCUUUCAUCAUUGCAAUGUAAAAGUUUUCUGUUUUACAUUACCGCACAUUUGUCCACAAUGUAAAACAGCCCUGGCUACACAUCCCAAUGGUGAUGCCAACUCCUCGGCAGGUGGUGGUGGUGGUGGUAGCAAUCGACGUAAGAAUAAGAACACACCGAAGUUGAAUAAAAAUAAUAAAAACAACAACUACACAACUACAGCUGACCAUAGUCGUGCAAUUGAUUCUAAUAAAGAUGACGAUGCCAAUAACCAUGUUGGGGAUACGGAUGCUACUGACGACUCCGACGAUGAUGAUGAUGAUGACAAUGAUUUAAAUAGAAAUAGUUUUACUUCUCAUAUUAUGGCCAGUCGUCUGUUGCCAUUCCGUUUACCGUAUCCAUUUGUAAGAGCCAAUCAAUAUCCAUGUGCAAUUGUUUUACGUCCCACUACAGGUGAUUUCCUCAAUGAUUAUAAUAACACCACGGAUUUGCAUAUUGCUGUAACAACUUCCACCGGUUGUGUGGUUGAAUUUGAUCGUCAUGGUUUACGACGUCAUCGCACAGACAACAUGUCAGAAUGGUGGCAGUGUUUAUUAGUGGGUGAUGUUCCUGAACCGUGGUAUGACUACUGGGAUCAAGUGUUAUUUGAGAUUUGCCAACAGCCAGACAAGUGGACAGUGUCACACUAUCACGAGGACAAACACAAUUGCUACACGUUCGUAUUGACCUUUCUGCAGGCACUGACGUAUGAUAAGUUAAGUGAAGCAGCUACCAGCAAAACAAGAUUUUGUGAGAAGUAUAUAGUUCCUAGGACAACAACAGCUGGCAAAUAUAUAUCGUUGUACCGGAAGUUGCGUGAUGCUGGUAUUUAUGUGCAUCACACAAAUCACCAUAAGGUACGGUAUGCGAAACAAGGAAAACAGCAGCAACAACAACAACUGCUACAGCAAAGAAAUCCUAAUAAAUCUAACAAUUUAACAACAACAACGACUAUGACCAAAAAUAGUUUGGUAACUAACAAACAUCAGCAACAAAAGCAACAGCAACAACAUCUCAGUAAUCAUCACAACCACCACAGUAUUAUAUCACGCCCGCAUUCUACCUUGUGUACUAUUGAGGAAUAGGACGGACGUAUAACUAUAACAACUAUAGCAGCAGUAACAGUAGCCGUAUCACCAUGAUCAAAUGCAGGAACAGAAUAUAUACAUAUAAGUUAGGAUGGCCCCAUUUGUAUGGAGCAAAAAUAAGUGGUCGAUGUUUCUAACUAAAAUAAAAAUUAAUUUUGUUUCACGAUACCAUUUCUCAAAA